AUGCCUGACAAUGGAAGAGGUCGUCGGAAGUUGCUUGUCCAGAGUAGGUGGAACGGGAGAGACAAGUUGUACCAGCCGCAUCCGGCUGGGAAGGGCAAGAUCUGUGUCGGUGCGUUGAAUGGCCCUGGGGACUUCGUCAGCUCGUUCGUAGUGGACGAGAAGCAUAGGACGGUGAUAAGCUGUGAUCGUCACGGGGGUAUAACCGUCACCGCCAUCGAGACAGACCGCGUAUUAUGGCGCCUUCCUGGAACUAACGCUGCGGGCUAUGGCGACUGUCAGUUCUCGGAUGGGUUCCUCACCUUCCUGUCUUCGAACCCGCGUUGUAUUGAGGUUUGGCGGCGGUCCGGGGACUCUCAGAGCACGUUUAGUGGAGAUGACGCGGUGAAGACUCCUGUUCUGGACCCAUCCGCUGCUCCUUCUCAUGAGCAACUCGACAAUUCUAUAUCUGCAAGUGCGCUGGCUGUCUACUCGGAAAAACCACCGUCUGCCCGAGAUGCCGAGGCACCACCAUAUCUCAUCCUAUUGCUUGUCAUACCCGCUGCUUGCGGCGGCAUCCUAUGA